AUGACAGGAGAACUUGGCUUGAAAGGAGCUACUCACACAGGUGAUGAGCCCUCUAACCCAUAUACAGAAGGUGCCAAUAUUGGUGUGACUGCGAAGGAGGCUAUUGGUAGUACACAUUUGAACUCCAAUGCUGCAGGUAUAGUUUAUUCCCAUAGUCUUGGAGUAACAAUGAAAGCUCCAGAAUCAUACCUAGAUGAGAGAUACACAGAGGACUUAUCUGCAAAUUUCCACCUUGCACAAGGACUGCCGCCAGCACCAUUCACUUGGAGGGAGUUGGUCACAUCAAACACAAGCUCAGGUGAUGUUGUAGCUCAUCGGCCAAGAGGCCGGCCGCCUAGCUCCAAAAACAAGCCUAAACUCCCGGUGAUAAUCACUCAAGAGAGCGCCAACAUGCUCCGAGCACAUAUAUUAGAGGUCAGCAGCGGCUGUGAUAUGUUUGAAUUAGUUGCAACAUAUGUUAGAAAAAGGCAAAGAGGUAUUUGCAUAUUGAGUAGUAGUGGCACGGUCAACAAUGUGAGCUUGAGGCAACCGGCUGCUGCUGGCUCAAUCAUGACGUUACAUGGCUGGUUUGAGAUUUUAUCAUUGUCGGGCUCCUUCCUUCCACCAUCAGCUCCACCGGGUGCCACCAACUUGACCAUAUAUUUGGCUGGUGGAUACGGUCAAGUUGUUGGAGGAAAUGUUGUGGGAGCUUUGAUUGCUUUUGGACCUGUGAUUGUUAUUGCUGUUUCUUUCACUAACGUAGCAUAUGAAAGACUGUCUUUGGAUGAAGAUGAUCACUCACUUCAGGCAAUGGCAGUAGUGGUGCUGUUGCUGGUGGCUCAAAUAAUAAAUUUUCUGAUCCAUCUUUAAGGCUUCCCUUAUUCUA